AAGAACAGACAACUUUGUAAGACUUCCCGCCCAGUCCUAUCUCCAGAGGCGUGCGCCUCGUCCCGCGACGUCACUGGCGAAGUGCUCUAAAGCCACGCCCAUCCAGGCGUCAAGCAGCGGUGCCGAGAAGAAAAUGUCAGGCCGCUCAGUUAGGGCAGAGACCCGCAGCCGGGCCAAAGAUGACAUCAAGAAAGUGAUGGCGGCCAUCGAGAAGGUCCGCAGAUGGGAGAAGAAAUGGGUAACAGUUGGGGACACCUCCCUGCGGAUUUUUAAGUGGGUUCCUGUGAUUGAUGGAAGAGAUGUACGUACGAAAGAGAAGGGGAAAGGAAGCACACCUCGGGGCAGCUCAUCCAACUCCAACAACUCUCUCCUGCUGGAAUUUCAGGAUGAGACCAGUAACCAAAGUUCCUUUUCUGAUGUAUACCAGCCAAAGGUAGAAAGCAGCAACUCCAGCCCAAGCCCCCCACAUAGUGAGUCUCCCAGUCCAGUGCACACAUCUGACUCUCAGCCCCCCACCCUGGGACAGGAGAGCUUGGCUGAGCCCUCUGUUGCCGUUUCUGAAGGAGCUGAUGAACCACCUACCCUGACCAAGGAGGAGCCGGCUCGGUCUUCCGCUCAGCUAGAAGAUCUGGAUGAGUCUGGAGCACCACCACUGAAGAGAGCAUGCCCAGAUGUGCCUUCCCAUUCAACAACAGCUUUAAAAAGCUAAUGCCAGUGUCAGCAUGCUCAAAGCAGAACUAAACCCUCUUAUGUCCUAUCCUUGAGGAGGGUGCCAUCUUAGCCUCUAUUUAGAUUUGCAAUUGCCAUGGUGCUACUCAUGUAAACGGCUAUAGCACCAGCCAUUUGAGGGCUUUAAAGUUUGGUUGAGAGCAGACAUAUACGCACACUGGCAAGUUUUACAGUUAUCACUAGAGGCAUGCCUUGAAUAUUACUGUUUUGUGAAACAGGGAACCCAAUGGGUUUAGUUCUGCUUAAAUUGUCUUGCUGUCAUAGUCUUUGAAAGCCUUAGCUGACAAUGUUUGCACUUAAAGGGAAUAUGUCAGGAUGGCUGUUACUUGGCACAAGUUCAGAGCUGGAGCCUCCUCUGCUUUAUGAGAUCCUGGGCUGUGAAGGAUAACAGAUGUCCUGAUAGGUUUCAUUAAAGGCUGGAUGUUGUGCAAUUACUGACCAUAUAGCUUUCAAAGGGAGGAAAUUGUAACCUACCUGACUGAGAUGCAGUCCAGACUGCAAAGUCUGAUGGUAAAGUUUUGCUUUAUUGCCACAUUUUUAAAGGCACUUUUAAAAUAAUGUUUUAUUAGUCCCCUGAAAUCUGCAGAUGCCAACUAUGUAUGCUGUUUCCAUGCAAUGUUCUCAUCUAACUUCAUUGCCCUUCUUUAUGGAGUAUAUGAAGAAUUAUGUCUAACAGUUGUUGUGUGUCCUACCCUGUGUGGCCUAAUCAUCACCUGGCCAGUAAACAGAAUAUACUGACACAAUUGCACAUUGUCAGACACCUUCCAGAAGAUAGAGAGAAUUGGAGCUAAAGUACAUCUUUUAUCCAUAAUAAACAGUUACAUUCUUUCAUUUGAAAGAGGAAAUAAGAUCAUAAUGUGUCUCUUGCCUACCACUGACAAUAGUACAAAAAAUGUCCAUGCAUUAUCAAACUAUUUCAUUCCUUCAAUCUACAGAGAUCCUAUAUAUUGUGUUAAGCUUAUUUCAUAAGAGUUAUAGUAUUACCUGUUCUAUAACAUUUAGAAGUUUAUGAAUGUGUUUCAGCACAACAAAAGAUAUUUUUAAUAAAUUAAGCUAUUUGAAA